CCCAAGUCACCCCACUGUGGCACAAUGGUGUCACCGUCCGUUUUGGGGUCCAAUAUGUCCUUCCAAGUCAGCUACUCCGUGGGCCCAAGGGCGGCCUUGGCCCCGGAGGACUGCAGCACGGCGCGACGUACGCAGCAGCUCAGGGUGUGGUGGGUCACGGCGCAGGCGCAGCGCUCACUGUGCGUGAUGCGUCCCCUUGGGGCCCAGAGCCCUGGAGCGGAGAGGCGCUUGCGCAUCCCGGCUGACAUGCGCAGUGGGUGGAUCGCUGUACGUGACGGCUUCUCCAGGUUUGGGGCUUCGGCCUCUGGAGUCAGUGAUGGGAUCCAGGGCCUGGGCAGCGCCUUGUCGUUGUCCUUGCUUGCAGGCCCUGCAGUGGUCCUGGGUCGCGUAUCCUCGGGGCCGUUCCCUGAGGUGGUCUUGGGCGAGAAGAGGUGGAGGGACCGGCUUAUGAUGGCUGCCUCCUUCUCCAGGAAGCCCCCAUCUGGUUCUGCGCCGCUCGUCCUGCUGCGCAUGCCUGGGCACCCCCUCCUGCUUCUCAUCUGCCUUCGUCCGCAAGGGCCAGUUCCUUCUGCCCCGAAGAGUAUCCAGGAUUGCCUCACGCUCAUUCAGGUAGACAUCUGUGGAAAGAGGCAGCAGCAGUCGGAGUCCUUGACGUCAUCCCUGGCUCCGUGGAACGUUCUGGGUGGUGUAGCUUGAGACCCCGCUGUGUCUUCUCACGAUGGUGCUCUCUUAGCUGCCAGCUGUUCCAUGGCAAACCCUCCAGAUAAGUCCCUUUCUUGAUACCAACUACUGGUUCUCAUACAUCUGUCCCACGCACCAGUUGGGUAUCAUAAUAUCGUAAAGUCUCCUGAAAACUUCAUAAUAAAUGUGUUUGAUUUUU